AUGGCGUCCCUGCCGCCGCACGACCCCGGCUCCCCGAAAGCCCCGAACAGGGGCGAGAAGUCUGGGCCGCCGCUACGGCUCGGUGCGCAGCCGCGCCGCGGGCUGCCCUGGGCCACCGUGGCCAGAGCCUAUGGCCACUUCAAGCUGCCGAUCUCGAAGGCGCGCCAGGCCCGGCUGCUGGCCAGCCUUGACCCUCUGUCCGUGGGCAAGUACGUGCCGCCGCCCGAGCGGCUCCCGAUGCCGGAGAAGGAGUUCUGGGGUGACCAAGAGCCCCUCUCCAAGAUCCCAUUUAAAAUUCUGAAAGGGCACGAGGAGGCGGUGAGCUCCUGCCACUUCUGUGUGGAUGAAACAAGGCUCCUCACUGGCUCCUAUGACCACACGGUGAAGCUGUGGGAUGCUGUCAGUGGAAUUAUUAUUCGGAACUUUGAGCCUGGGCCCAUUGCUCCUGUUUUAGAGUGCAGCAUCACGGCUGACAGCACAAGAGUUAUCGCAGCAUCCUACGACAAAACAAUCAGGGCCUGGGACCUGGAGACAGGAAAAUCUCUGUGGAAGGUCAAGCAUAAUAACUUCAUAGUCUCCUGUAAGUUUUCUCCUGAUGGUAAAUACGUGGUCUCUGGCUUGGAUUUGGAUUGCGGAAUCUAUGUCAUGGAUGCAGAAAACACCGCCACGGUGGCACACCUUAAAGAUCAUCACAAAAGGCCCAUCACUGCGUGCUGCUUUGACCCUGACAGCCAGAAGGUGGCUUCCGUCUCCUCAGACAGGAGCAUCAAGAUCUGGGACGUGACCUCCCAGGCCACGCUGCUCACCAUUGCCAAGGCGCAUGACAAUUUAAUCUCAAACUGCUGCUUUACCUUCAGCGGCCAUUUCCUGUGUACAAGCUCCUGGGAUAAAACCCUGAAAGUCUGGAACGUCCACACAGGGGAGUUUCGAAACCACGGAGCCUGUGUGACUCUCAUGCAGGGCCAUGAAGGUUCCGUGAGCUCCUGCCAGUUUUCCAGAGAUUCCUCUUUCCUUGUGUCUGGAGGGCUCGACAAGACUGUGGCUGUUUGGGAUGUCGGAGAAGGCUACCGGAAGCUCUCGCUGAAGGGCCAUGACGACUGGGUGAUGGAUGUAGCUAUUAGCAGCAAUAAGAAAUGGAUCCUGUCUGCUUCGAAGGACAAAACCAUGAGACUCUGGCACAUUGAAGAAAUUGACGAAAUCCCUUUGGUGAUGGAAUACAAAAAGGCCAAGGGCUACAAGUUUACGCAGUGCAAAGGAUGCGACAGGCCUUUCUCCAUGUACGAAAGUGACAACUCCUCCGAAGUAUUCACCAAAUGUGUGUUUUGCCGGAUAGAUGAAAGGGACUUGUCAGCAGAGGCCUCGUCAUCAUGGGGAAGGGAAGACUCGCUGGCAAGGGAGCCCAGCCCAUGCAAGGAUGACUCGGCCUCUGACAUUUUGAGCGACGAGCCACCUGUCACCUAGGCUGUGGGACUCUGCAGGGCUCUUUCUCUGGGGCCACUGCCUGGCUGGGUGGGCAGGUGAGGCUGGAGCAGGGGCCAAGCCCUGGCCGGGCUCUCACCACAGUGCUGCCCCCUCAGCCCACAGCAGCCUUGGGGAGCAAACAUUUUCUUUUGUAUUUUUUCUGCAGAAUAAAUCUAGAUGCCUUUGGAAAACAAAC